AUGGCGCUCUUCAAACCAGGCAAUGUGGAGGACUUCUACGAGCUCGGAGAUGUUUUAGGAAAGGGCCACUUUGGGCAGGUGCGGCGGGUGUGCGAGCGCUCCACAGGGCUGUACUAUGCUGCCAAGUUCCAAAAGGUGUGUAAGAGCACCAGGGGCCUUCACGGGGUGGAGCGCGAUCAGGUGGAGCGCGAGGUGGCCGUCCUGCAGCUGCUCUCCCAUCCCAACAUCGUGACCCUCAAAGACCUGUUCGAGAGCCGCGAGGAAGUGGCCCUCAUCCUGGAGCUGGUAAGCGGAGGAGAGCUCUUUGACUUCAUCGCUGAGAAAGACGAGCUGCUGGAGACAGAGGCCAUCUUCUUCAUGACGCAGAUCCUCCAGGGCCUAUCCUACAUGCAUCAGCAGAACAUUGCACACUUUGACCUCAAGCCGGAGAACAUCAUGCUGUCAGAGAAAGUGUCGCGGCCAAACAUCAAACUGAUCGACUUCGGCCUGGCUCAGCGUCUGGACAGUGGGCAGGAGUACCGCAGCAACAGCGGGACGCCCCAGUACAUCCCUCCUGAGGUCAUUAAGUAUGAGCCUCUGACCACCGCUGCAGACAUGUGGAGCAUCGGUGUCAUUACCUACAUUCUGCUCAGUGGUUUGUCCCCGUUCCAAGGGGACACAGACGCAGAGACGCUGAACAAUGUGUCUGAGGUGAAGUAUGAGCUUGGAGAGGGGCCCUUCAGAACCACCAGUGACAUGGCCAAAGACUUCAUCCAGAAGCUGCUGGUGUUCUGCCCGGGGGACCGGAUGACGGCAGACGAGUGCCUGCUUCACCCCUGGAUCAAGCCCAUCACGCGUAAGCAGAUGCAUAAGAGGAAUCGAUCCUCCAUCAACAUGAAAAACUUCAAGAAGUUCAAUGCCAAAAGGAAGUGGAAGAUGUCUCUGAACAUGGUGUGGAUGUGCACCAGGCUGCUCAGCCUCCAGCAGCGCAGGAGAGCGGGGGCAGAGGCCGACCCACUGCAGAGAGAAUGUGACAGUGAUGUGGAGGACGCACAGCGUUCACAGAAUUCUGCAGUUUUGAAGACACUCGGAGGCAGCGAUGUGAUCUCCUCCCAUCGUUGUGCUGCUCAGAGAGACCCCCAACGCUGA